AUUAAUCUCUUAAAACAACAAAAAAAUGGAUUUCUUAAACUCAUCUGAUCGAAAUUUGACCUCAGAGGAACUGUUAAACAGAAUGCCAUCCAAAAUUCUGGUGUCCCUCACUCUGUCCGGGCUGGCACUGAUGACAACAACCAUCAACUCCCUUGUGAUUGCUGCAAUUAUUGUGACCAGGAAGCUGCACCACCCUGCCAACUAUUUAAUUUGCUCCCUUGCUGUCACAGAUUUUCUUGUAGCCGUCCUGGUGAUGCCCUUCAGCAUUGUGUAUAUUGUGAGAGAGAGCUGGAUUAUGGGGCAAGUGGUCUGUGACAUUUGGCUGUGUGUCGACAUUACCUGCUGCACGUGCUCCAUCUUGCAUCUCUCAGCUAUAGCUUUGGAUCGGUAUCGGGCAAUCACAGAUGCUGUUGAGUAUGCCAGGAAAAGGACACCCAAGCAUGCUGGCAUUAUGAUUACAGUAGUUUGGAUUAUAUCUGUCUUUAUCUCUAUGCCUCCUCUAUUCUGGAGGCACCAAGGAACUAGCCGAGAUGACGAGUGUAUCAUCAGACACGACCACAUAAUUUCCACUAUUUACUCAACAUUUGGAGCUUUCUACAUCCCAUUAGCCUUGAUUCUGAUCCUCUACUACAAAAUAUAUAAAGCAGCAAAGACGUUAUACCACAAGAGACAAGCAAGUAGGAUCUCAAAGGAGGAGCUGAAUGGCCAAGUCCUCUUGGAGAGUGGUGAGAAAAACACUAGACUCGUCUCCACACCUUAUGUGCUGGAAAAGUCUUUAUCUGAUCCAUCAACAGACUUUGAUAAAAUUCACAGCACAGUGAAAAGUCCCAGAUCUGAGUUCAAGCAUGAGAAAUCUUGGAGAAGACAAAAGAUCUCAGGUGCAAGAGAACGCAAAGCAGCCACUACCUUGGGAUUAAUCUUGGGUGCAUUUGUAAUAUGUUGGCUUCCUUUUUUUGUAAAAGAACUGGUUGUUAAUGUCUGUGAAAAAUGUAAAAUUUCUGAAGAAAUGUCAAAUUUUUUGACAUGGCUUGGGUAUCUUAAUUCCCUUAUAAAUCCACUGAUUUAUACAAUCUUUAAUGAAGAUUUCAAGAAAGCCUUCCAAAAACUUGUGCGAUGUCAAUGUUAGUUUUAAAAAAAUUUACUAUUAAAGGGUGGGAUUUAGGGAGGUAAAGUAACUAUAUAAAUGCUAAAUAAUAAAAUAUUUAAAACUUUAGAGGGAAGUAUAUUAAAACUGCUAAAAU